AUGAAAUUAAAAAGAGCCAAAUCAUAUAAAAAAACAAUUCAAUUUUAUAAAGCAAAUUAUGCAUAUAAAGAGCCAUUUUCAGUUUUAAUGGACCCUGGUUUUAUUAAAAAAUGUUUAAAUAUGAAUAUUUAUUUUAAAGAAGCUUUACCAAAAUUAUUGGAAUCAAAAGUUAGUUUUUUUAUUACACCAUGUUGUGUUGCAGAAAUGAAAAGAAAUAGUAGAGAAUAUUCAAAUGAUUUAAUUUCAACAUGUAAAAGAAUCGAUUAUCAUCCAUGCAAUCAUCAAUUUGGACCAGAUGAAACUGAAUUGGUUCAUAAGUGUUUUACAGACAUAAGUAAAAAAUUACCAAGUCAAUUCUUUUAUGCAGUUCAAGAUCAUGAUCACAGAUUAUCACUAAGAAAGAAUUUAGGUAUACCAAUUUUAUUUGUUUUAACCAAUGUUAUCAUUUUAGAAAAACCCUCAACCUCAUCUUACCAAAAUAUGGUUAAAACUCACAAAGCAAUUACAGCAACCAGCUCAAGAGAAAAAGAAAUGUUAUUAAAAUUAAAAUAUGGUGAUAAUUAUAAUCCUGAAUUGAAUAAAUCAAAAGUAGCAAACAAUACAGAGAAUAAAAAUAAUAUUAAAGUUCAAAAAACCCCAACUAAACUUCAACCCACACCAUUAACUCCACAAAAUAAAAAAGAUAUCAAUAAAAAAGAAAUUAUUAAAAAGGAUGAAAAAUUAAAAGAUAAUAAUAUUGAAAUGGGUGAUGAUAUUGAAGUUAAAGACGAAACCACAACCACAGAAAAAAUUAUUGAAAAACCAAAUUUAAAAAAAAAAUUAGAAAAAGAGGAAGAUAAAGAAAGAAGAAAAAAAAUAAGAGAAUUAAUUUCCCAAAAAAGAGAUGAAAGAUUAGAAAGAAAGAAAAUGAAAGAAGAAAAAGAACGUAUUGCAAAAUAUAAAAUAUCAAAAUUAAAUAGUAGAACAGGUGAAGCAAUCAAAAAAAUAAGAAGAAAGAGAUCAAAGGCUCAUAAAAAACAAUAA